AUGCUGAGGGUCGUGUCCUUACCAGACGGACUCUCCCUUCGGUCGGCGCUGCGUCUACCCUUAGCGGGCGACGCCGCAGUGGCAAGGGCAAGGGGAGCACGGGCGCUGGAGGGGCUGGCGGGGGCGGUGGAGGUGGAGGUGGAGGAGGCGGAGGGACUGGGGGUGGUGGUGGGAGUGGUGGCGGGGGUGGGGGCCUCGGUGGCGGCGGUGGCGGCGGAGGCGGCGGCGGCGGUGGCGGUGCGAGCGGAGGAGGAGGCGGUGGUGGCGGUGGCGGAGGUGGCGGCGGAGGAGGUGGAGCUAGUCGUGGUGGCUCUGCGCAGCGGGGCGGCUUAG